AUGGCGGACUCUGAUCUGUUUGUGACGAGAGCACCCCCUGUGGAGGGGAGGCCUGUGGAGCUGGAUGUCCUGGGCUUCCUGGAGUCCUUUGGGGAAGAGAACAGCACGGCUGAGAGAUGCUACCGCUCCCACUCUCGCAGCAGCGUCCUCCAGGGUCUGCCGUUCGGAGGGGUGCCCACGGUCCUCGCCAUCAAUGUUGUGAUCUGGAUGUUCCUGUUGCUCAUCUUCUCCUGUCUGAGGAAGGCUGCUUGGGACUAUGGCCGCCUGGCUCUGCUGAUGGAGAAUGACAGUCUCACGUCUCUAUUUUAUGGAGAACCAAGUGAGAAAGAGAAAUCUCCAUCAGAGUCCAGCCCCUCUGAUUCUGAGACAAAGGACAUGGGCUUCUGCUCGUGGCUCGCAUCACUUUACCAUAUGAAGGAUGAAGAGAUCCGUAGCAAAUGUGGUAUUGACGCUGUCACAUACCUGUCCUUCCAGCGCCACAUCAUCCUGCUCAUGACAUUGGUUUGCCUGCUGUCUUUGGCCGUGAUCCUGCCGGUCAACUUUUCCGGGAACCUCAUGGGAGACAGUCCUGAAAACUUUGGAAAAACAACUCUGGCUAAUGUUAGCGCAAAGGACCGCUUUCUGUGGCUCCACAGCGUCUUUGCUUUGGUCUACUUCAUCAUCACAUUGUUGUGUAUGGCUCACCACUCGAUACGGCUGGAGUACAGAGAAGACGAGAAGGUCUCCCGGACACUGAUGAUAACGUCCAUUCCCAGAGAGAUCUCUGACCCGGGACUCAUCACCAAACACUUCCAUGAGGCCUACCCCAGCUGUACUGUCACUGAUAUCCGUUUCUGCUUUGAUGUCCACAAGCUGAUGAGGCUGGACUUAGAGAGGCGCAAGGCGAUGAAAGGCAGGCUGUACUUCGCCACAAAAGCCCAAAAAGAUGGGAAGAUCAUGAUCAAGACUCAUCCGUGUGCACAGAUAUUCUGCUGUGACAUCUGUGGCUUUGAAAAGGUGGAUGCAGAGCAGUACUACAGUGAGCUAGAAGAGAAGCGCACAGACGAGUUCAAUGCUGAGAAGAACCGUAUCUCUAUGAAGCGGCUGGGCAUUGCCUUUGUGACUUUCCGUGAUGAGAGGAUGACUGCUGUCAUUGUAAAGGACUACAGCCGCGUGCGCUGCCAUCGCAGACCCCAGCAGUCAAGCAUCACAACUGUGGUGCAGUCGCAUAAAUGGGGGGUCAACUAUGCACCUGCUCCCAGUGACAUUAUCUGGGAAAACCUGUCAGUGUGUGGAUCUCGCUGGUGGCUCCGCUGUGUCCUCCUCAACAUCCUCCUCUUCCUGCUGCUCUUCUUCCUCACCACUCCUGCCAUCAUUGUCAACACCAUGGACAAGUUCAACGUCACAAGGCCUGUGGAGAGUCUGCGGAGCCCUGUCAUUACCCAGUUUUUCCCAACCCUCCUGCUGUGGGCGUUUUCGGUUCUCCUGCCCUUCAUCGUCUACUACUCAGCCUUCUUUGAGUCCCACUGGACCAGAUCUGGUGAGAACCAGGUAACGAUGCACAAAUGCUUUUUUCUGCUGGUCUUCAUGGUCAUCAUCCUGCCCUCACUUGGUCUGUCCAGUCUGGAUCUGUUCUUCACUUGGCUCUUUGAUGUCAACUUCCUGAAUGAAAGCGAUGUCAAAUUCCAGUGUGUGUUUCUUCCUGACAAUGGUGCAUUCUUUGUAAACUACGUGAUUACGUCCAGUCUGAUUGGCACAGCUAUGGAGCUACUUCGUAUCCCGGCGCUGACUGUGUACGCCCUCCGCCUCUGCUUUGCUAAGUCCCAGGCUGAGCGCAUUCAUGUCAAACGGAGUCAAGCCUAUGAGUUCCAGUUCGGCCUGGAGUACGCCUGGACCAUGUGUAUCUUUGCUGUCACUGUGACCUACAGCAUCACAUGUCCCAUCAUUACACCCUUUGGUCUGCUCUAUGUGAUCCUGAAGCACCUGGUGGACCGAUACAAUAUCUACUAUGCAUAUGUUCCCACCAAGCUCAACCAGCGGAUCCACAGAGCAGCCAUCAGCCAGGUCAUCUUGGCUCCCAUCCUCUGCAUGUUCUGGCUGCUCUUCUUCUCCGUUCUCAGAUUGGGUCCAGUGCAUCCCAUCACCAUCUUCACCUCAGUGUCCCUGCUCUCCUGUGUUGCCUUUUCCCUCUUCCGCUUGUGCCUUAGGAAGCAACCAGACAAGUCGAUGAGCUACCAGAUGUCCGACCAGCCAGCAGAGGGAACGUUCACUGAUGCAGACAGGAGUACUGUAAUAUCCACCACUGCCUCCAAUCUGUUUGUGGCGUCCGUGUUGUUGGAGCCAGAGCUGGCUUUGACUCCGAUGCCUUCCCCGGCUCACCACAGCUACGGCGCCAUGGCCAGCUCCCAGAGUUCAACCCAUGGCCCAGAGGAGGAAGAGGAGUGCGAGGAAGACCACACCCAGACCCAUGAGACUGAGCUCCAAGACCCCCCAGAUCCUUACUGUUCCAGCCCACUCAUGGACAGCCCUGUGGGCUACCAGUAA